AUGCGGUUGCAAAAGUUUCGUUCUUUGCUGGCCGUUCUGUCCACAAGUAUCCUUCUUCCACCAUCUGUGUUAGGAAUCAAUACUACUUCCCCUACUGUAACUGUCACCAAUGGUUCAUAUAUUGGGAAAUACGUCCCUGAAUGGCAGCAAGACCAAUUUCUGGGGAUACCUUAUGCUAUUCCACCCUUGGGAGAUCUCAGAUUUGCUAGACCAAAGUCCUUGAACACUUCGUUCACUGGAUAUCGAGAUGCAACACAUUAUGGUUAUAGUUGUUACCAAUAUGGCACAACGUUCAAUCUUUCUGAGGACUGCCUCACUCUCAAUGUUAUAAGGCCAGCGGGGACUACACCUGACAGCAACUUGCCUGUCUUGAUUUGGAUAUUCGGCGGUGGAUUCUAUACUGGAGCGACAGCAGAUCCCCAGUACAAUCUUUCUGGCAUCACACAUGUCGGGCAACAAACUGGGCAAUCUAUUAUUACAGUGUCCAUGGACUAUCGUCUUGGAGUGUGGGGCUUUCUCCAAACACCUCAAGUCCUUGCUGAAGGUGGCUCGAAUGCUGGACUACUUGAUCAAAGACUAGCAUUGAGAUGGAUAAAGGAGAAUAUUGCAUCUUUCGGCGGAGAUCCGAGAAGAAUUACGGUCUGGGGAGAAUCCGCUGGCGGUCAAAGCAUUAGUUAUCAUCUGUAUUCUUACGACGGCAGAGAUGAUGAUUUGUUCCAAGCAGCAAUAAUCGAAUCUGGAAGCCCCACUGGGGCUAGUUUGAACCCCCUCGGUUACUAUACGGUACCAACCGAGAAUCUAACUCGAGCCACCGGUUGUUGGACAUCUACCAACAAACUCGCUUGUCUACGAAGUCUGACUUCAGAUCAGCUAUGGAAAGCACAAGUCGAUGGUGAUUUUUUAACUGACUACCCCAGUAGCCUCACACCCCAAGGAAAAUUCAUCAAGAUUCCUCUUCUAAUUGGAGCUAAUAGCGAUGAAGGAACUAGUUUUGGUGUUGCCGGGCUAGAUAAUGAGACAGCCAUUUUCAACAAUUUACUAGUAUACCGGGCUUCAAAUGCUUAUGCACUAUCACCGCCAACUGCUAGAAAGUUGCUUGAGCUUUAUCCUAAUGAUCCUGCAAAUGAACCUCCACAUUACAUUACCAAUGCGACAAUCUUCCCGUCCAAGGGACUACAAUGGAGACGUAGUGCCGCUAUCGCAGGAGAUCUGGUUAUGAUAUCCGGUCGUCGAAAGCUGUGCGAAAUCUACGCCGCUGCCUCUCAAUCAGUAUAUAGCUAUCGCUUCGAUACAUUUCUCUGGAAUGCUGCGGUAACCGAUGGAGCAAAGCAUUUCGUAAAUGUCGUCUUUUCCUUUCAAAACAUUUCGGGCGCUCUCGGUCCCCUCCCGCAAUACCAAUCUUAUCUCGAUUUGUCAAAAAAUAUCGGUAAAGCUUAUAUCUCUUUUGUGAAUUAUCAUGAUCCAAAUCUUUUGUCCAACAGCUCGUUAUCCACUAUCUCAAAUGGUACGAGUAUCAACCCAAACCUUCCAUAUUGGCCACUUUAUAAUAAAGAUGCGCCGAAAAAUAUGGUGUUGAACAGCAACAAGACAUUUAUAGAAGAUGAUACAUGGAGGAAGGAGGGGAUCGACUUUAUUAACUGGGGUGGUGUCGAUAGAGAGUUGUGGUCUUGA